CCGCCUCCGCCCGCUCAUUGGUGACGCCAGCUGCGGGGCAUUCCCUAUCCGCGUCCUCCGUCGGAAAUGGCCGUCAGUUCCCGGUCCUCCAUUGGACUGAGCCGCUGUCAGUCGGCCUCCCUCCCGCUGAACACCGUCCGCCUCUCCGGCUCUCCGUCUCCGUCAUAUUGGCUGCGAGGAGCAGCAGCGAGCACGGCUGAGAAGAAGACCCCCACCAUGACGGGAAACGGGGCUCCCGCUGCGCUUUAAAAAAUGAUUUAGCCCUUUAAACAUUUUUACUAGUAUUUUACUAAUUAAUUAGAAAAUAAUCGGGAUGAUACCUUCAAGUAUCCGAGAACCUUUAGUGCUUUCCUCCGACACCGUGGUCCACCAGGGGGAUGUAGUCCUGACUUCUCUUCACAGCCGCUUUCUGCAGACAAAGAGUGCUUGUGAAUAAAGCUUUCAAAGACACACGGCUCCCCGGAGCUCCUGUUGAUGAAGAAAGUGGGCAACAUGUGGAGCAACCUGAAGAGCAAAUGUCAGACUCUGUUUCACAGCAGCAGCUCAGGACCCGGUGAGAGCAGGCCGGACGCCAACGCGGUCCACUGUGUGCUUGACAUCGGACAAGGAGGCAGCUCAGAUGAGGCUCAGGCGUCCGAAGCCCCCAGUCCAUCGCGAAGCCUCCUGCCAGUUCCUAUGGUAACAGCAGGCCGCCGCCAUCACAACUGUGUGUCAGACAUCCCUCAGAUUGUCGAGAUCACUCUCGACAAGGACACUGAGGAUGUGCGGGGGGGCUCAGGGGGCGUUCCUAUGGCCCGCAGAGACUCUUAUUCCCGUCAUGCCCCGUGGGGGGGGAAGAAAAAACACUCAUGUUCCACCAAAACCCAAAGUUCCUUGGAAGCAGACAGGCGGUCUGGCCGUUUAAGGGGUAGCGGGAAUAGGAGGGAUCGACGUUAUGGAAUCGGCUCCAUCCAGGAAAUGAGCGACUCCGUUUCUGGAGGACGCAGUCUGAACGCUCGCUCUCUGAAGCAACGGCUGAGUGACACUGUUGGGCUGUGUUUACCCCUCCCCCCUCGCAGACGCUCAGCUAAGAACCCCGUUACCUCCAAACGCAAGAUCCACCUGACGGAGCUGAUGCUGGAGACCUGCCCCUUCCCCCCUGGAUCAGACCUCGCACACAAGUGGCACCUGAUCAAGCAGCACACGGCACCAGUCAGCCCCCAUUCCUCCACCGCCCUGCUCGAUGCCUUCGACCCAGCCCACCCCUCCCCUGAGGACGAGGAGGAGCGUCUGCGUGAGCGCCGCAGACUCAGCAUCGAGGAAGGUGUGGACCCCCCUCCCAAUGCACAGAUCCACACCCUGGAGGCCUCAGUGCCUGGCUCCUCUCUCUACAAACUGGGACCAAAGUUGGCUCCCGGCACAGGGGAAUCCUCUGGGGAGGUCCGGUCCUUGGGGUCCGGCAGCUCUGCGAGUGCUGGAUCAUCGGGGGCCUGCAGUUCGUUGUUGGGGGCUGCAGCGUCGGCUCAGGACUGUGACUCGGAGGAGGACUCGACCACCCUCUGUCUGCAGGCCAGGAGGCCCAAACAGCGGCACGCUUCCGGGGACGGACAACUGAGCCGGCAGCAGCCUGGACCCUGGAAGGUCCACACCCAGAUAGACUACAUCCAUUGCCUGGUCCCGGACCUGUGGCAGAUCACUGCUCUGCCCUGCUACUGGGGCGUGAUGGACCGCUAUGAGGCCGAGGCACUGCUGGACGGGCGGCCGGAGGGCACGUUCCUGCUGCGUGACUCGGCCCAGGAGGUCUACCUCUUCUCCGUUAGCUUCCGCCGUUACAACCGCUCGCUGCACGCCCGCAUCGAGCAGUGGAACCACAACUUCAGCUUCGACGCUCACGACCCGUGUGUGUUCCAUUCGUCCACCGUCACAGGACUGCUGGAGCACUACAAGGACCCCAGCGCCUGCAUGUUCUUUGAACCGCUGCUCACAGCGCCGCUCAAUCGGACCUUUCCCUUCGGCCUGCAGCACCUGGCUCGGGCUGCCAUCUGCCGCUGGACCACUUACGAUGGUAUAGGCUCUCUGCCACUACCACCCGCCCUGCAGGACUUUCUCAAGGAGUAUCACUAUAAACAGAAAGUACGAGUCCGCUGGCUGGAGAGGGAACCGCCAACAAAGGUCAAAUAGGGCGGGGCUUCUCUGAACCUGCACAUAUGCUGCAGGAGGGUUACACAUCCUGAGGAGCUCCUCGUUAGAGCUGUAGAGACAUUUCUCUCUUUCUGGUGGGGGAUGAAAUCUAAAUGUAACAAGCUAUACAAGAUUCAUUCUAAUCUUUGCUUUAGUUAUUACUUACAUCACAGAAAAUACAUAUGAUUAUAUUCAGUAUAACGCUGUCUGGCAAGCACAUGUUUUUGUGUUGAACAGGUUGUUUUGACCAGGAGGGGAGGCACAAAUAUCAGAGCUUUGUGUCUUUUCUCUCCUGCUUUGUGCUAAAUGUCUGCCUGAUCCCACCACUUCAUCACCUGCCUGUACACCUGCCUGCAUGCCUCCCUCUUCAUCCCAAACCGCUAUUUAAGCCCACACAGCUCCGUUGUACAGUUCACUUUGUGCUCUCCCUUUUUUUCUUUCUUCCUGAGCUUGUCAAAGCACAGAGUGGAGCACCUUCACAGGAGGUGUGUGUGUGUGUGGGUGGAGAGGGCAUCUGGAGGUGCUUAUUGGUGUAUUGCAGUCACAGCUUGUCCCAUGGAUGGAGCUACAUACUUCAGCAUCCCUUUGCACGCAUGGCAUGAGCUUCAGCCGAGUCGGGACACAUUCAGAGCGAUCAGGGAAAUGAAACGCCUAGUGAGGGCUACGGAUGAGUCCUUCAACAUGAGUUCCCCCUCAAGCAGUAAUGGUGACAAAUGAUCAGUCUAUGGUUUCAUUAAGAGCGAGCUGAACUUGUCAACUUUAUUCCCACUGUGUGGUUUCAAAAAAAGAGAGACAUUAUACGGAAAUAUUCAGACACGUCGGGCCAUUGUUGCACUUGUGAAAGCAGUCUGUCAGUUCUGAGGUGCACAUACGAGCUCUAUGGCAUUUAGGAAAACAUUUGAGCUGUUUGCUGUUUUAAAAGAAAUGUUUUGGCUUUAUUAUUUUGUUUCACACCUGCCUCCUUCUGUCAGCAUCUUCCUGGGCAUCGACCCUGUGUAUCCAUCCUCCUGAGCCACAUUUCUUUAUAGAUCAAUAAGCUAACAUUUUUUACACUUUACAUCUACCUUUCCUCAAUUGUAUAACUUCUCCAACCAACAGUCCCAAACUCAAAUGCUGUCCGUUCAUGGUAACAAACGUCAAAGAAAAGAAGAACAAAAUGAACAAAUCAGAAGCUUACACCGGCAAAUGUUUGAUAGUUCUGCUCAUGCAACCGUUGAGCAAUUAUCAAAAUAGUUUCAGACAAUUUCCUCAGAUUGACGCAUGUAAAUAUUUAUGUUCGACACCUGUUGUUCUUUCUCCGACUUCCACAGAGGUUGGCAAAGAUUUCUUCCUCCCUCUCAGUAUUUUACUCUGAACCCCGAAUCAGAGGAGCCCGACAGAAAACACUUUGAAUAUAUCCUGUGACCUUAAUCCCUGUCUUUUUUUUUAACAAAAUGUGUUUCAAAAAAAUAUAUAUAUAUUUAUUAAUUUAAGAAAGUAACUCUUAGAUAAAGGAAACGGGGACCUGACAUUUAGUUGACCCUGCAUGGUGCAGGUAUAAGGUGCUGAUUUAACUCCCUGAUUUACACACAGUAGAGAGGUGAUGGUCUCCAACACUUCAGUGAUUACUUUCCGAAGGUCUCACUCAAAACAACGCCUUCAUCGCCCAGUUUUUAGAGUCGAAGUUGAAGCGUAGACUGCAGCCGAAGCUCGCUUGAGUUAUGUAAUCUGACUGGUUGUAGUUGUGUGUGUGUGUGUGUGUGGCUACAACAUAAAAGACCUCAAGUCCACUCUAAUUUUGUCAGUUGAAUCUUUGCACUUUGGCUUUAUUGUAACAGCAUAGGAAGUUUGCAACUGAACACACCAGGUCUCGGAAUAACCCUGAAGUGUGUCCGAAUUAUCCUCAGCGGUCUCAUCUUCUCGCAAAAUGCAGAAACUGUAAAUAAAACCUGUAGAAAGACUUAAAGAGCCAAUAUUAUGCCCUUUUUGGGGUUCGUAUAUUUAAUCUAUGUAACUACUUUUGUACGUUCACAAUAGCUAAAGUUUGAAAAAAGUGUCGGUUUUCAUGUACUGCUCCUUCUUGCUCCCUCUACGCUCUGAGUCCGUCAGCUACGCUCUGCUGAGCCCACACUGUUAGAUCCCACGUGGGCCAAGUCUGUUCUGAUUGGUGUGCCGAUCCGCUCUGUCGUUAUUGGUCAGUUGCUCAGCACGCGUCUCGGAAAUUUCAACAUGAGCUGCUGGGCUUGCCACAACGAGCCAAUGGGCUUAGAUCAGUGAUCUCACACUGACAAUGACAAAUUUUUAUCGAGGGGGGCUAGAACUGAGCGUUACAUGCGGCUAAUGCUACAGCUAACAGGAGGACGUAGGAGAAGCCGCGUUUCUGCGGACUUUGAAUUUUUGCACAUAGAUGUGCCUAAACAUGCACAGGACACUUGGAAAACACACUAAAGAGCAUAUAAAACCAGAAAAAGCAUAAUAUGGGACCUUUGAUACUGCAGCGUCCUUUUAAAAAUCUGUGUUUCUCUAAUUCUCUUCUGAAAAGCCUUAGAGGCUGAGAACUGAGCUGCGGUCCGAUGUGUGGUGUAAGAAAGCGGUCAGCUGAAAGCCUGCGCUCAAAGGAAACUGAUUAACAUGUUUCUGACAGGUACAAACGUAACUUGAUACGAAAUAAAAAUGAUAAAAUUGCGAGGCUGUAGCGUGUUUAACAGCCAAACUUGAUUCAACUGACAAAAUCGGAGUCAGCUGCGUGGUCGGGACACGCUGCUGGAUAGGGGGUCAUUUGUGUUGUGUUCUCUGAAGAGUAAUUAAGUGUGACCUUGGUGCUUUUUUUUUUUUUUUUUUUUUUUAAAAACACUUCAUCUUGUUCCAGUGUAGUCGAAUCCUGAAUCAGGCGGUGCUUUAACCCCAUCGGUUAGACUGAUGGAGGAGCUAUGAGCUCACUCUGAUGGUGCACGCUAAAGUUUUUACUAUUCAAAUGUCCGAGGUGCUAUAACGGAUUACAGUACACCUGUUGUGGCUGUAGUCCGGUGACUUCAACAGUGCUCAUAUUUUCAACUCCGAGCGCUUGAAAAAGGACGCUGGGUGCUUCACUUUUGUCCAGGCGGCCGCUCUCUGCCGCUCUCUCCUUGUUGAAAAUUUAAUAAAGACUCUGGUGCUAAGACAAAAUGAAUUGCCAGGUGGACACGGGGCCUAAGUGGUUUCUAAAGUUUCCUGCUGGUGUUUGAGGAUAUGGCCUCUAAAGUAUAACUAGUGAUCAUUAAAAUCAAUCACUGGACGCAAUUUGAGCUGAGCUGCCAGCAGCGCAGGGGUCUGACAUUAAUGACAUUCUUGUGAGACUUGCUCGCUUGCAUUUCCUCUCGGCAGACUCCACAGUUGUAUGAGAUGAGUGAAGACAAGAAAUGUCGGUAAAAAUGUGGCGUCUCUACCUGUGCAGAGAUUGCUGGAGAGAUUUCACACGCCCCAUGUGCAGAGGAAAUAGUCCUCAUGGCAGUGGCCGAGGGUUCGAAUCCGACCUCGGCCCUUGGCUGCAUGUCUGACCACACUCUCUCCUCCCGACAUGUUCUGUCUCUCUUCAGCUGUCCUAUCCAAUAAAGGCAAAAAAUCUCCCCAAAUAUAGCUUUAGAAAGUUGCCUUCCCUAUCUUUAAAAUCCAACGUGUGCAUCUCAGGAGGAGGUUGGAGAAAUUCAGAGUUGUCCCCCUUCGUUGCAUUAAAAGGAAACGAUGAGCUGCGAAGUGUGCAGAUGUGAAACCUGCAGGUCAGGUGUCAAACUGAAAUCAUCGAGCCUCAAGACGAUCUCAAAUUGCUUCAUAUUGAUCGAAUCAGUGAGGAUGAAUUACCCGAGUCUUUGAGCAAACAGCUGUGUAGUAAUAAACAAAGAGAAUAUUUAAAUUAUGAUGCAAUCACAGAAUGACAGACUGCUCUUCCUACUCACCCGGUAAAUCCCACACAGACACCCGGAAGUUCAAAAGCGGUGCAAAACCUGAGACAGGUAACAGGUGUUCAAAGAUGAUCCACAUAGGUACCCUGAACAUUUCCCUCUCAUAGAAGUCCAAAACAUUUCCCACCGUUGGCACAUUUUUCUUCAGAACCUUAAACACCAAAUCGCCUCCGUGUUGGCUCUGAAGGAGCGAGAGAGAGAGACAGCCGGGGGAUGAAGUUGACAUUGAUCCGCUCGUCUUUGCACUUUAAUGUGUCAGGAUUUUCAGCCACCUGUACAUCCUAUUUAAAUAACGCACAGAUGUAAAACUAUCCUGCUCACUGUCACCUGUCUAGCACGCCAAUCACAGGCUAAUUUGACUAUGAUUGGAUAUGACUUUCCUGUGUACUGAGAGGUACCGUGCAAUCCGAUUUUUAAGACUCAUUCUGUCUCUGGGGGUUUAAAACUGUCUUCCUGCGCAGCGAUUUCCAUGCUCAACGAGUCGUGUCAGGUCAUGUGAGACGGUGGCAGCUGCACUUGUAAUGGCGGUGCACAUCUGUGCAUUUUAAACUGGUAUACUGGUCGAACAGGUAUAUAAGAAGCAGCCCACUUGUUGGAUGAAAGCAAAAGGUUUUCAUCUUAUACACCGGAUUUUACGUUAUAUUGUUCUGAAAUCUGAGCUGACCUGGAGGUGUUUGUCCCGCUCUGUUGAAGAGGAGGAGGGUGACAGAGAGCUUCCUGUGCAACAGUGGUGUGCUCAUGGAGAGGGCGAGGCGUUUGCUGAAGUAAAAAGCACUUUAGUUGUGUACUUGUUGUGUUCCACAGUGUGAGAGGAAUCAGGACUGUUUUUUGGUUGUUUUGGCUUUUUAUUGCAGCAAUGUACCUGUUUUAACCAAUUUAUCAAAGUUACAUCAUCACCAUAGUAUUUAAAAAUCAAUAAAUAUCAGUCUAUUUUAAAUCUUUUGACAGCCAUUUGUGAUCAGAGUCCCUGUGGUUGAGGGUUCUGAAAUGUCCACGUUGAGGCUACGUCCACAAUAAUUCAUAGGUAUUUCACACCAGCUCCCGUGUAUCGUGGUGCGUUAGCGUUGGAAGCACUGCUGACCUCGUCUUAGUUUGUCUGCGGCUCUGUUGUACUUGUCAAGUCUCAGGAGACGAGACAUGACGUACAAAGACCGAUUAAGAAAUGGUGGACGAGGCAACCGAGUCUGAGGCUUUGAUGACAGCUUUUAUAUCGGUGCGACUUAUUCAACGCAUCAACAGAAGAGUGAAGAAGAAAAUACUGGCGAUUGCAGUCUUAAGUUUGUGCAUCAGCCGCAGGAUACAUAAACCUCACCAAUCCCCUCCGACUUGCUGGUGGUGAUUUUUCCUGAAUAUAUCCUGCUGCGGUCUCACGUCAGCGCACUCCCAACUUCACUGGGGGAGGAGGGUGGGGGAAGUCAGUGAAAAAAUGUGGCUUUUUGUGUUCACACAUGCAGCUCAUCCUGAAUAUUUCAGGAAGUUUUGUGCAAGUGUGAAAUCACCAAUCAACACUUUAAUCGGCCAUAUUGGUAUUUCACUUAAGAUCAAUACCUGCAAGUGAAGAUUGCACACUUAUGCAGGAGGUGAAUAUUGUGUGAACAAAUCGUUGUAUCGGCCCUGACGAGAGCACACGGAUGAUGACUUUUCCUGUUCGUUAGUGAUCGUGGAAGUUACUGAUGGCGGAGAUAAGUCCUGAAGCAGAGCUGCAACAUCAUGUAAAGUGGACUUUAAAACACCAUCGUAAAGGGAACCUGUAUUAGUGUGGAUGUAGCUUUAUUAGUCUGGCUUGUUUGAAUUGUUUUCAAAAGAGAGAAAGCAUUGUCACCUGGAUCAGCACCAUAUACUCGUCCUUUGACGGUAUGUUUUUGUGCAUUAAGUUGCACCUGUAAGACUGAAAAUGUAUCUAAAUUUACAUCCAGUAUGAACCCUCAACCAUUAAUCCAAGCUGAGAGUUUUCAGCUAUUUCAUUCUGGAAACGCUGCACCGAAACGCCAAAACACCCGACGUGUCUGAAUCUUCCUGAUGUCACUGUUUGUGUUUGAGCUCAUGGAGUCGAGACGUGUGUGUGCAGAAGAAGUGGGCGGUCCUUAAGUUUGUCACUGAUGGUUGUUUCAGAGUGGUGUAGAUGGAGCUGCAUAGAGGGAGGGGACACGGGGUCACUGUGAGGGAGGAUGACACUGACUCCUAUGAACGAUGCCUCUUUGCCCCCCCCCCCCCCCCAUCACCCUUUUUUCUCAGGCAGGCCCGUUGAGAGGAGCGUCCUCUCAGCCCAGUUUUCCCCAUGGGAAAUAUGUGACGUACGUGUGGCACAGGUUCGCCAGUUAACCCGCAGAUUUAGAAGGGAGGAGGAGGGCGUUUUUAUGAUGAGUGAUUUUACUUUUCUGUCUGCAACACACACCUCCUGACACCUGCACUACCCUAGGUAUACACACACACACACACACACACACACCUCCUCCACCCUAAACCAGGAGGUGUGUCAUCAUGGACCACAUUAAGCCACGCCCCCUCUCUCUGAGCUCCUCCCCUGAUUAAGAGAAGCGAACAUUGUGUGUACAUGUUUAUUCUGUGAUCUUCUGAAAAACAGUGAUUGAAUCUAUCUGACUCUUUAUUGUCAUCAGUGUGACAUCAUGUAGCUGCACUAUGAAAGCAGGAAACCACGAGCCCCCCCCGAAAAAAAAAACAUCUCUGUAAGACUCACGGUUCCAGUUCGGAGGUCGCCUCAGACUGCAGGAGUUUUAUGAUCUGGUUGCAUAACACAUGAAAGGAUGACUCAGAUAUCUCAAACAUGCUGCACUAAAAGAUUUUCAAAAUGUUUGAGCAUUGUUACCAACGGGUACGGGAUAUAAAAGAAAUGAUUGCAGGGGUUAUCUGGAGCAAGAACCGCACUAACAUGACCUCAAAUGAUCCAGCAGGAUCGCUCAGGAUCAUCAGAUGGGGGGGGGUAAGACCCAGAGAAAAGUUAACGAUGAGGUGAAUCUCUGCAGAGAAAAAAAAACAAUCAAAAGAAAAAGAGGCUGAUUGAAAACAUGUUUGUGAGGAUGUGGCCAACAGUUUGUUUUCUGUCCACAGUAGCAUGCUACCUCACGUUAGCAGCAGGUUUAGUGGCAGCCCCGCCUUCUUGCAGACUCGACGCUUUCAUCCCGAUUUUAACUCCUAAAUAUCAAAAGUGUUAGAAAUCAUCUGCUUAGCUUUUAAGAAUCUACAAGCUGAUAAUAAGCGGGGGAAUCUGGAUCUUAAAAGUUUUACUUUUGCAGAAAUUUCUCGCAAAAUCUCGCCUCCGACUUUGGAUCCUCUCUGAUUGUUUCGAGGAGAAUCUGAUGUAAAUCUCCAUUUAUAAAAAAAAAAAAAAAAAAAAACUCCUGCAGCCUGAGCCCCAGAGGUCAAACAAACUUAAAAAAAAAUAAAAAGAAGAUAUUUUAAACAUUUUAUUUCCUGUUCCCGUAUAUAUUUGAGAGAGCUGGGUUAUAUGCAAACAGAAAAAGAUGUAUGAGAGAAAUAUAAUUUUUCAUUCUCCCUGAUAUGCAAUGGAGUGUAACAAUGGUCACUUUAAUGCUGUAUGUGCACAUCGGUUGCUGUGUGGACGAGGCUGAAGCAGGACUUGACAAUGAUGGGAGAUAAUGGUCGUCACUCUGCAGCACCGCCGUGUUCCCACGCCGCCUUAUUCGUCCUGACCAAUCGCAGGAGCCCUUUUAAAAAGAGAGCGAGCUGCUGUCAGACGAAUAACACUGUUCCAUUUGACUUCUGCUUUUCUUUUUGUUUUUUUUCUUCUGCUGUCAGGUAGACUUCGGAGCGUGUAAAUGGCAUAACCAUGUUCACAUCUCACCGUCUGUUUCUGUGUAUCUGCUUCACUGUUCAAAGAGAAAAAAAAAAUCAGUGGUUUCCAGUAUAACCUGUUCAUUUUAAAAAGCCGUACGAUGCGACACUUGUAGCUGUCACUCUUGGUGCUUGGCUUAUGCUUCAUUGUCUUAAUAUUCCAAAUAAAACUGUUAAGUGUUAUCCACACUGGCCCGGGACAUAA